CGUCUCUCUCACUCAAUCUCUCCUCCCAUUUUCCCAAAAAAAAAGCAACAAACUUUCUCCGGCGAUGGGUUGCGUCUCCUCUAACCUCCUGAAUCAAAACGACGACUUCUCUCAGCUCGCCGGAUGCCACAGCCACUUCGUCAAGCUAACUUCCACCACUUACGGCCUUCUCAAUCUCGACCCUCCGCCUCCUCCGCCUACUUCUUCCGCCAUCUUCUCACCGGCCACACCGAUGACUCCGCCGGAGAGAUUCACCAUCGUCGGCAAAGACCCAACGACACUCAAAUCAGAGCCGGAGGUUAUUAACUUCUAUGAGCUAAUGUCUGGUCUCGACUCCGAUACUUGCCGAUUCUCUCCUCUUUCGGCGAAAUACGAUAAUGUCGGAGUAAACAAAGAGAACUCCGAUCCCAAUUCGAAAAACCCUAGAAAUCUAUUCGAACCCGAACCGCUAGAUCCGAAAUCCGCGGAGAAACCCGACGAGGAGCAGCAGCCGUGUCUUGACGGCGGAGAGGAGAAUCGCGUCGUGAUCUACACGACGUCUUUGCGCGGCGUGAGGAGGACAUUCGAGGACUGUAACGCCGUUAAAUCCGCGAUCGAGAGCUUCGGUGUUGUGAUAUGCGAGAGAGACGUCUCGAUGGAUAGAGGAUUCAGAGAAGAGCUCACGAAUCUCAUGGCCGGAGCGAAGAACGGAGAUUCUCUCCCGCCUAGGGUUUUCGUGAAGGGGAAGUACGUCGGGGGAGCAGAGGAAGUGAUGAGAUUGGUGGAAGAAGGUUUGCUCGGAGAUUUACUCAGAGGGAUUCCGAGGAAGAAAGAUCGCCGCGGCGGCGGUUGCUGCGACGGUUGCGGCGGUUUAUCGUUUUUGCCGUGUUCUGGUUGCAAUGGAAGCUGCAAAGUGGUGGAAGGAUGGGGAAACGACGCCGUUGUGGUGAGAUGUGUGGAGUGUAAUGAGAAUGGUCUUGUUCGUUGUCCGAUUUGCAGCUAAUAAAACAGUAAUGAUCU